GGAGGGAAAAUAUUUCUUGAUCUAGGGCUUAGGGUUCUUGCGGGGCGAUGGGGAAGAAAUUGCAAUGAGCGGCGCGAGGGCGUACCGCAACGGCAGCAGCACAGCUCAGCUGCCGCCAUUGCCCCGGAUUUCCAAGAUUCCUCCCAAAGUAUGGGGGAUGCAGCAUCAGUCGACCAGUAGCCGGGAUUGGAGCUCGAAAUUCUGCCGAUUCUUGAGCAAUCGGCGCACUGGCCUCUAUGUCGCGGCAUUCCUGGCCUGCAUCUCUCUUCUCAUGCUCGUCAGCGAUUUCAGCAUUGUGUCGCUUCCCAGGCCGCCUUUGCAAGGAGAAAAGCAAAGAUCCAUCUUUGGUUCCACGAAUGCGGCAAAUGAGACGAGUGAAGCUGCGGCAGGCGCCGCGAGUGUGGUCGAGUACCUGAGGCUGCUGCCUCCGACGUCUUUCCUUGAUCCUCCGCUUCCUCAUGGGCACCCUUGCGAGUCUUUCACGAUGCCGCCCCCUCCUGCGGACAAGAAGAGGACUGGACCACGCCCCUGCCCAGUCUGUUACCUUCCAGUCGAGGAAGCAAAGAAGCUUUAUCCUCCAUCUGGCGUUUUUCCGUCUCUCAUCGUCCAGAACCUCACCUAUGUACGAGAAGAUACUUCUACUGCGGCAACCUCGCCGGGAUCGGCUUUUGGCGGCCAUCCCACCUUGGAGGAUCGCAAAAGAUCACACAAGAUAGAGGAGUCGAUGCACUUGUACUGCGGUUUUGCCAGGGGAAUCAAACCCGGUGUUGGUUCUGGUUUCGACAUUGACGAGUCCGAUUUGUAUGACAUGGAAAAGUGCCAUGGCAUUGUGGUUAUCUCUGCCAUCUUUGGAAACUAUGACCCCUUGCAGCAGCCCAAACACAUCAGCGAGCAUAGUAAGAAAAACGUUUGCUUUUUCAUGUUUGUCGACGAAGAGACCCAGGCAGCAAUCAUCAAGAGGGGUGGUUCUUACUCUAGAACUAAAAAGGUUGGUCUGUGGAGAGUGGUGACAGUCCACAACAUUCCUUACUUAGAUCCAAGGCGCACUGGGAAGAUCCCGAAACUUCUCUCGCAUCGCCUAUUUCCAAAUGCAAGGUUCUCUCUGUGGAUCGAUGGCAAGCUCGAGCUCGUGGUUGAUCCCUACCAGAUUCUGGAAAGAUUUUUGUGGAGAACGCACGACACCUUCGCCAUCUCCAAGCAUUACAAGCGCUUCGACGUUUUCACAGAGGCAGAAGCUAACAAGGCAGCUAGAAAGUACAACAAUGCCUCCAUUGAUGCGCAGGUGAAUUUCUACCGCAAGGAAGGACUGGUGCCCUACACGACUGCCAAGCUGCCAAUCGUUAGUGACGUUCCCGAGGGUUGUGUCAUCGUCCGGGAGCACACACCGCUGACAAACUUAUUUACGUGCCUGUGGUUCAAUGAGGUGGAUCGUUUCACAUCGCGAGACCAGAUAAGCUUUGGGAUCGUCCGGGACAAGAUCAUGGCCCAGGUUCCAUGGCGGAUCAACAUGUUCCUGGAUUGCCAGAGACGAAACUUCGUGGUGCAGGGAUAUCAUCGAGACGUGAUCGAGCAAAGACGAGCUGCUAGUUCCAGGCGGCCCCCGGCCCCUGAGUUAAGCACCGCGAAAGCUCCGCCACACCGCUUGCAAGCUCCCACCGCCAAGAACGCGAGGAGCGUCAGACAUAGCGGCAAGGUUGCAUAAAAAUUUCUCUCCCGGUUUUGGUUACCUGUAUAGGAGAUUCGUUUGUCUCUUUCCAGUUGAUGGCUGUUGUGAAUUACAAUGGCCUGAGACGAUUUUUCGAAGAGAACCUGUGCGCGAGUUUUUUUCUUUUUCUUAGAACUCGUACGUACGAUCAAAUCCUGUGCUAAAAUGCGUGUUACCAAAUAAAAUACACGACACAAACCUCCGCU